AUGUUCUGCUGUGGUGGUCGUCCUCCUUGUAUUUUUUGUCACGUUUCGAAAGAGCGAGGAUUCCUCGUUGUUUACGAGGACGGGGAUCUGAUUGCUUUUCACGAUCGUUCACCUGCAGCUCAACUUCAUCUUUUGGUCAUUACUAAGCGACAUAUUGGCACCGUCAAGAAUUUGGAUUCAAGCGAUGUGGAUCUGUUGCAGAAAAUGGUACAACGGGGAGAGCUGCUGCUAAAGGAACAUGGGUUUGAUGCGGACAGUGGACAUCAAGUGAGGUGA